AUCUUAAAUUUAAAGAUAACAAGUUUAUAAAGGUUACUGAAAAGUCCUCAUAUUAGUUGAGUAUGUACGUUCGUUGUCACGAUUAAAGAAUUACCUAACAACAUUGUAAAUCUUGCUGACAAAUGAAGAUGUUUUCACUCUUAUUUCUUCUGGCAAUAGUUCCAUUCACGACCGCAGGCGAGUGCUGCGAAGGGUACUAUAACAUUCUUAAUGACUGGAACGAUCCGCAAUGGUGUGACAACUUCUGUUGUGGUUCAACAAACGGGGUCCUCGGUCUAUAUUGCUGUGACAGCGUUCUUCUACAAGCGUCAUCUGACGAUAGGGAUGAUUUCUGUAAUCUUUGGUGGAAACAUCACGUUUGGGCACCAAUCGUGUCAUCAAUAGUGUUUUUUGGUAUACUGAUUGGGUGUUGCGUGUGUUGUUACAAAUGUUGUUGUUCCAGCAACAGAACUACUGUCUUUGUGCAAAAUCCGGGAAUGGGAGGUGCAAACAUCUCGACAACAAUGGUGUCAUCACACAGCAGCGUCAACAACAGUUACAAAUAUUAGCUGUAGAUCUGUUUAACAAAUGAUUUUUGUAUAUGAACAACAUUGCAGUGAUACGCGCAUUGUAUAUUAACCAAUUUAUUUAAGUUAUUUCCUACUAUCAUGCAUGUUUUGUAUAACCUGUUCUUUUUCUAUUUGUAAUAAAUCACAAUAAAAAAUUACCAUACCUUA